GGGCUCCGUAGCCGUUACCGUUGAACCCCGAGCAACGCCAGUGAGUGGCGUGUGGCGCCGGCGCGAUGGCCGAGUCCCCGGCGUUUCUCUCCGCUCAGGACGUGGGGUCCUUCGCAUAUCUUACAAUUAAGGACAGAACACCGCAGAUCUUAACCAAGGUUAUUGAUACAUUGCAUCGACAUAAAAGUGAAUUUUUUGAAAAACAUGGAGAGGAAGGCGUUGAAGCUGAGAAGAAAGCCAUCUCUCUUCUUUCUAAAUUACGGAAUGAACUGCAGACAGAUAAACCAAUUAUCCCUUUGGUGGACAAGUGUGUUGACACGGACAUAUGGAAUCAAUACCUGGAAUAUCAGCGGAGCCUUUUAAAUGAAGGAGACGGGGAGCCACGUUGGUUCUUCUCGCCCUGGUUGUUCGUAGAAUGCUACAUGUAUCGGAGAAUUCAUGAAGCCAUCAUGCAGAGUCCACCAAUCCAUGACUUUGAUGUGUUUAAGGAAAGUAAAGACGAGAACUUCUUUGAGUCGCAGGACUCCAUCAAUGCUCUGUGUACACACUUGCUGCAGCUGAAACCCAUCACAGACCUUGGGGAAAAACAGAUCCAGGACGAGUUCUUCAAACUCCUGCAGAUUUCUCUCUGGGGGAAUAAGUGCGACCUGUCUCUCUCAGGUGGAGAAAGUAGUUCUCAGAAGGCCGAUAUAAUAAAUUCUUUGAAAGACCUAAAACCAUUCAUUUUAGUAAAUGAGACAGAAUCUCUCUGGGCAUUGCUUAGUAAGUUAAAGAAAACAGCAGAGCCCCCCGCAGUUAGAGUAGACAUCGUUCUGGAUAAUUCUGGGUUUGAACUGGUUACAGAUUUAGUAUUUGCAGACUUCUUGUUAUCCUCUGAAUUAGCUACUGAGAUUCAUUUUCAUGGGAAAAUCAUCCCAUGGUUUGUGUCUGACGUUACUGUGCGGGACUUUGAGUGGAUAGUUGAGCAUAUGAAGGGUAGUCAUCUGGAGUCCAUGUCUGCCUGUGGGGCUGCCUGGGAGGCCUAUGUUGGGAUGAAGAAGUGGGUUUACCACGACCAUGCCUUUUGGACUCUGCCUCAUCCAUUCUGUGCAAUGCCCCAGGUCGCCCCUGACUUAUAUGCUGAACUGCAAAAGGCAGGUGUUGUUUUAUUUAAGGGAGAUUUGAAUUAUAGGAAGCUGAUGGGUGACAGAAAAUGGAAGUUCACCGUUCCAUUCCAUCAGGCUCUGAGUGGCUUCCACCCUGCACCUCUCUGUAGCAUUAGAACAUUGAAGUGUGAGCUUCAGGUUGGGCUGCAGCCUGGGCAGGCCGAGCACCUCACAGCCUCUGACCCCCACUGGCUGACCACAGGCAAGUAUGGAAUAUUUCAGUUUGAUGGGCCACUUUGACUCUACUCAGGAAUUCCUGGUGGCAGAGAAUGUUCUGUGAAUCUCCCUUCAGCCUCAGAAAAACAGAGCAUGGAUUCAGGCCUGGCUUCUCCUCAGCAUGGGCAGCCCCAUGUCUCAGCUCCUGUGCUACCUUACAGACUGUAGAUGAGGCUCCUUGGAAUGCUUCCCUCCUGCGUUGUUUUGGGUUUUAAGCCAGUUACACUUCUAUUGGAAUUUUAGUCACUAUUCCAAGUAAAUGCAAACUUUCAAGUGGUUUUAAUGAACUCAUCUUUGACUUCAAAGAAUGCAAAAAUGUGGGUGACUUUGCUUUAAAAACUAAUUUAAAUGUUAGCAAAUCUUGUUUUCUUAAACUGGUUGUUUAAUACGAGGAAGCUUAUUGUUACUUAACUUAAGUUUUGGCUCUUGAGUUAGUGGCCCAGUGAACACAUGCCUUGUAAGAGCUCUCCCAGGAGGCGUGUGCAUGAUGCUUGAACACAAUUACCUCAGACCUGAACCACAGCCUGCUCUCUCGCAUGCAUUAAGUUUUUAAAGCCCAUUUUCUUACAUAGAUUUGUAUUUUGAUUGAUCUAUGGAAAGGGUCAAAGCACAAACUGAACAUCUAAACAGUGACUGACAAAGUAUGAGUACAGUUGUGUCCCCAUUGUCCUUCCGAUUGCCAUGGUGACCUCACCACCACAGUGGUGUCCAGAUGAAGACAGCUUCAGUUUGCAGUAGCAGACUUAGAUGGAAAUGACUGUUGGGCAUUGUUUUAGUUACUGCCAAGCUGAGUUCAAUCUUCAUAUCACACGUUGUAUAGUUCCUCACCUCAGAUAUAGAGUCUAUAAAUUCUUGUUACUUUGUUUCAAAACAAAUUGGAAAUAAAGUUGAAAUGCUUUCUGUACUGGAAUAAUAAAAUGAAUUUUACAGAGAAA